CACAGGCAGUAGAUGCACAGUUCCACAAUGCAGUUCCCAGCAGAUGCAAGUCUUCUUCUGGCUCUUUGUAUUUCUUCUCUUUUCCUAUUGUUGGUGUUCAAAAAGUCUAUUUGGAAGAACAGAAAUUUUCCCCCAGGACCUACACCUCUUCCAAUCCUGGGAAAUAUUCUUCAAUUGAAGGGAGAUUAUGUGAAGACAUUGAUCAAGUUCCGUGAGACAUACGGGGAUGUUUGUACCAUUUACCUGGGGUCACGGCCAGUGAUUUUGGUCACUGGCUACAAGGCAGUGAAAGAAGUCCUCGUGGACAAAGCUGAUGACUUUUUGGCUCGUGGAGAGAUGCCUGCCUUUGACUCUUACUACAAGAAUUAUGGUUUAAUUUUUACCAGCGACAUGAACCGGUGGCGACAGCUCAGACGUUUUUCUCUCUCUGCCUUACGAGAUUUCGGAAUGGGGAAGAAGAGCUUAGAGGAGAAAAUUCAGGAAGAAGCAGCAUGUUUGGUAAAGGAGCUACAGAAAAUGGAAGAAGCCUUCUUUGACCCUGGUCAAUGUCUAAGCAAGCCGCCGUGUAACAUUAUCUUCUCCAUCAUGUUUGGGAAUCGACAGAAGUACGAUGAUGAAGAACUUCUUAAUGUUAUCGAAUACGUACAUAAAAGUUUUUUGGUAGUUUGCUCACCAUGGGGCCAGUUAUUUGAAAUGUUCCCGGGGGUCAUGAAGUUCAUUCCUGGUCCUCACCAAACGAUAUCUGAAUACUUAGGAAAACUCCAAAUCUAUGUAGAGAAGAGGGUUGAAAUGAAUGAGAAAACGCUUGAUCCUGCCAAUCCAAGGGACUAUGUUGAUACUUUCCUCAUUAAAAUGAAAAAGGAGAAGAAGAACCCACAGAGUGAAUUCAGCCUCCGAAAUCUGGUAUAUUCAACUUUACAAAUUUUCUUCGCUGGGGUGGAAACCAUAAGCAGUGUGUUAGCAUAUUCUCUUCUUAUCUUACUGAAGAAUCCAGACAUCAUUGCCAAAGUCCAAGAAGAAAUAGACAGAGUUAUAGGAAGAGACCGCUGCCCAACUCUACAAGACCGAAGUCAGAUGCCGUAUACCGACACCGUGAUGCACGAAAUGCUGAGAUUUAUAGACCUUAUUCCCCUUGGAGUUCCACGAAAAACAACCAAAGAUACGGAGCUUCAAGGAUACACCAUUCCAAAGGGCACCAAUGUUUUCCCAGUGCUCUCCUCGGUGCUAAAAGACCGCUCCUGCUUCCCGUACCCGUCAGAAUUCAAUCCCCAAAAUUUCCAGGAUGAAAAUGGGGAAUUUAAGAAGAAUGAUGCAUUUAUGCCUUUAAGUGCAGGAAAGCGAGUCUGCCUUGGCGAAGGUCUGGUUCGAAUGGAACUCUUCCUUUUCCUCAUUACUAUCCUACAAAACUUCAAAUUGAAAUCUCCUGUCCCACCCGAGGAAUUGGACAUCACACCACAUGUUUCUGGAUUAGGAAACCUUCCAAAGCCGUAUAAAAUUUCAUUUGUCCCCCGUUAACUUGGCCAGACCACUAAUAGUAUUCAGAAAGUUUGCUAAAUAGUUUGUUGAAUAGUGUAAAUAUUGUAUACAUUCCACAGACUUUGAGAUUUUACAGAAAACUCCACUCUUUAAUAGUCAUUUCUGUAAGAUGGUGACAUUGUGUCUACCAGUUGAGAUAUUAUUAAAAUAUUCUGGCUACCUUACAAUCCAGUAUUGAUAUCUGUUCAAAACCAUGAUUUUCUCAAAAUUGACAUUAAUACAUACAUUCAUCUAACAAUGUGAAGCUGAAUAACCCAAGAUAGAAAGGUUUAACAACAAAAUAAAAACAAUUGAAGCCAACGAGUGGUUUUGGAUCCCAGCAAAGGUUUCAUAUUAUGAUGUAUGCUGC